AUGCACGUUUUUGAUAAAUUAUUGGAAAAAAAAAAAAGACAAGACGUGGUCUUUUCAGAUGAUGCUAUUGAUGAACUUAAAUAUUCAAUUGAUGAGCAAAGUAACUACAAUGAUAAUUACGACGACCCUGAUGAUGAUUAUAUCCAGACUAAACGAAGAAAAGUGAUACGAGUUCGUGUGCCACCUCACUUUUCUGACAAUGAAAAACCUGAAAGAGCACAUAAAUAUACAGUAGUAAGGAAACGCCCACUUAUACCUUACACAAAAUCUUUCUUACCAGAAAAAACGAUUCCACCAUCGCCUCGGAGGAUUGUUGUAACACGUGUCAGAAGCCUUGGUGCUCGAUCGAGACAUUUUGGUUAUGAUGAUUCAAUUUACUCAAGCAAUACACCGUUUAAACGGCACAAAGUUACUGUUACUCGAACUAGAAAAUUGAUGCCAACUGCAAACAUUGAAUUAACACAGACACCAAAAACUCGAGUGACUAGAAAGAAACUUGUGACAAGACGACCUGUUGCUACAUCAACUCAGACGUUUGCUAUUAUUACGACUGGAUUUUAUGGAAUUCCCAAUAAUGAGGAUGAGGAUGAGGAUGAAGACGAGGAUGAUGAUGAUGAUGAUAAUGAUAAUUAUAAUAAUGGUAAUAACGAAGGUAGUGUUGAAGGAAAUGGUAAUAUGGAAAAUAUUCAAGACGGAAUAGAAGAGUCGACUGAAGUACCAGCUCUUGUAGGCACAGCUAAUGACAUUGAAAAACCAGACGUUGAGAAUGUAAAAGAUGAGGAAUUUCUAAAUAAGUUUGAGGAAGAAAUUCCUGUAGAGCCUAGUACAAUAAGUGAUGUAACACCAGUAAUUAUUACCGACAAUUUUUAUUUCCCCGCUUCUUCCGACAAUGAAGAAGAAAAUGGUGACGAACCAGAAGAGGAUGACAAUACCUCUACAACCGAAGAAAUUACUCGAGGUGAAAUUACAGAUGAUUCGCAAAAGCACACAACUGAAGAAUUUGAGGAUGAAGGAAAUAAAAAUGCUCAGAGUAAUGAGAGUGAGGAAUUUACAACUACUGAAGAAAUUCCAGUAACUGAAAAAAUAGAAUCGACCGAGUCUUAUCCCACAACGAUUGGGGACGUUGAGUCAGAAGAUGUGAAUUCUACGACUCAAUCAAGUACAACUGAUAUAAUUCUGGAACCAUCUUCAUCAUAUUCUCCCGAAUCUGAACAAAUUUUGGACUCCAUGGAAAAUACCAAUAAAAAUUCUGAAGAAGAACUGAGUGUUGUACCAUUGAAACCUUACAAUGAAACUUCUUCUUCUUCUUCUUCUUCUUCUUCUUCUUUUUCAUCGUUUUCUUCCUUACAAUCUCCAAGUCUUGACACCAAUGAAUUUUUAAUAAGUGAUGUGCCCAGUGUAAUUCCACUGGAAUCAUCAAUGAGCCAAGAUGAAGAUUAUCAAUCUCUCCAGCCAACACAAACCUUGCAGAUUGAAUCCUCGAGCUCAAGCUCAAGCGAAACAACAGCAAUAAUAACUACAACAACAACAUCAACAACAACAACAACAACAACAACAACAACAACUACAACAACUUUUGUCAGCUCACCAACGCCGGAAGAUAUCGAAGCUGGUCUUUCUGAUGAACUUUAUUUGUCAUUAUCAAGACCAGAUUUUCCACAAAUUGCGCCAUCGCAAUUGCCAAGUAAUGAAGACGAAUCAAAAAUGAAUGAAGAAGAGUCUUCGCAUUCUGUAUUAGUAUCCUUAGAACCUGAACCAACUCCAACUGUUAUCUUUACCGAGACUGUUGUUACGUCAACUCGAUUAAGAACUUAUACUUACGUUGUCACGAAAUUAAAUGGACUAGAAACUCAGGUGACGUCUUCAACUACUGUUCGACCGCGCGUGACGACACUGACGCUAACAGUACCCGUAACAAUCAUACCCUCCUCAAUCGACAAUGUGGAAUCUAUACGUCUCAGCACCAUAACAACUGCCUCGCGUCGAGAACCCGAUGGACAAGAAACAAGGCGUGAAACUAGAAUGAUGAACGAGGAUGCAGAAGGUGAAGGCAGAAGACUAAACUUAGCUACAAGAGUAAUGUCAAAUGGGGUUGAAGUCAUAGUGGCCGGCCCUACACCAGCAUUGCGGUGGGAAAAUUCAAACCCACAGCCCACACUUACUCUUUCUGACGAGGUUGUUAUGCUCAUGCCUCAGGAAGAUCCUAACGAAUUCGUUACCAAGACUUGCACAACGACAUUUACCUAUUUAAAUACAAUUACUAAAGAUGGCACGACAAUUGUUUCGACCGACCAACAGGUCGUCGCGAAUACAGCCACAGAAGAGCGCCAUAGAAAGCCAGGAUCAGAGUCUGCAGCAGUAACUCUUGCCGCUUCGCCCACUCUAAGAACAGAGGUAUUCAAAACAACCUACACGUAUCUUACAUUGAACACAGAUCAUCCAGACGCAAAGAACGCUCUAGGAAGCAGCCAGAAAGUAAUAACAAAUACAGUCACUGCACCGCAGCAUUAUUUAGAUAUGAUUUUAGAGCCUUCUGAAGCAUCACCACCUCAAACAAAUACUUAUCUCAGUACUCGUGUUCUUGAAAAGACAUUUAUUGAAGACGGGAUAACUAAAAUUGCAACUAUGAGUGAUACCAUUACUCGUCUUAUUAUCACUGAGUCUGUACCGCCUCCGCCCCGUCCAACUAGUGUUACUACAACUCUAACAGCUCUUGAUAAUCCCGAGGAUACUCUUACGGAUAUUAUGAAGACAUAUUACAUCACUUAUACUUACUACAAUACUUACCUUGAAAAAGGUAGUAGUACCGUAGUCCGAACAAAUGUCGCUACUUCAACAGAUGUUGCCGUGGAAAAGGUGAAAAAGACUGGUGUUAUCGACACACAAGUAACUGCAACACCAAGUCUCGAGCCUAUUAAGAUAUUUGCUACCAAGACUUACUUAACAACUUUCACGUAUUUCACCACGCUGCUUCAGGCCGGUCCUGAUGGUGAAACUUCAACGACAAUCUCCUCGAGAUCCCAUGUUGUAGAAAAUGUCGUAACAGAAUCGAUAGCUCCAAGUUUACUUAAUGCUGGUUAUAUGAACUUUUUGACUACAUCUCAUCACUCAGAUUCGGUUAAAAACGUCGUUACAGGUUCGACAAUUAUUUUUUUCGAUGAAGAAGAUCAAAUUGAUUCGUCCAGUACUAGUACGCAAGUCCAACCAACAGCUUCUCUAGAAGCAUCAGAAUCAACUAUAGAAAAUUCAGAAACUUCAGUUGUUCAGUCUUCCGACAUAGAAUCAGAGCCGCAGAAAGAUGAACCGGAAAAACAACAGAAUGAACAAAGCUCAAGUGAUUUAGAUACUAGCGCGUCUUCAGGGAUUACACACAACGAAUCAUUGAAUCAAGACAGUAAUACUGCUGAAACUAAUAAUGGACCUAACCGACCAACUGGAGGUAGCUUACUGAAUUUUGGAAUAAAUGGUUUGUCGGCUUUGGGGCCAGUGAUUACUGCUAUGGCGGGGCUUUUGAAGGGCAAGCCAACAGCCAACCGUAGGAAUGAUACUAUGUCACAAUCUUCUAAUCCUCCAGCUCAUCAAGAGCAUCAAGAAGCUACAACUCAGCGAUCACCGAUUUACAUUCCUGUUGCUGAUUUUGCAGAUGGUGACAUCGAAACAGCAGAGAGUCAAAAUAUUAUUGCUCAAUUGGCUAAUCCGAAUUCAAAUUUUAUACCCGAAACAAGGCAUAAAGUUGCUGCGAGUCUUGUUGAUGGUAUCCCUAUAUCUCCGGGAGAAGUUAUUACAGCAAAUAGCGAUGUGAUUAUUGGUAAGCCAGGUAUUUUAGCACCAAGACCACCACAAAAGUAUCUUCAAAAUGGAAAUGAAAAUCAAAAUCAAAAUUUUGGAAUGAAACCCCCACCGAUAUCAGUACCAAAUAUUCCGGUUCACCCUGUUUUGGAAGUGAUUAAAGACGAAAGACCUGAGCCCACACGAAAUAUUCUUCACGGCAGUUCUUCAAACUCCAAACGCCCAUCAAAAAUUCCCCAUCAUUUAAAUAAUGAACCAACAAGAAGCGGAUUAAAACAUGAUAUUUUAGAAAAUGAUCCACUACUUAAACCUCCGGGGAGAACCAAUAUUGAAAAAUAUGCUAACCCAAGUAUUAACUCAAAGGAACCCGAGUGGAUUUCUAAUAUCUUCAAACGACCUUGGAGCUCAAAAGAUGAAUUAAUGCCUCCUCCAGUACCGCCAACACCUUCCAGAAUCGAUCAGGAGCUAAAUUUUUAUCCGCCCCAAGACACUCAACCGUGGAAAAAUCAUCCGUCAGAUGAGCAAAAUAGCCGGUUACCUUGGGCUCAAAAAGAUCCAAUAAUUACUAAUACCAAUUUAGAGAACUCUAAAAUAAAAACAGAACUAACACAAUUAACAGCUUCUGAGCCAAUAGUUCACCAAGUUCCUCACGUAAUAGAUCGAUCAACUGGUCAACCAUUGCUUGUAAACAUCCAACCGAGUCAAGUAGCUAAUGUCGUCAUUCCUCAAGGUGGCACACAGGCUCUUAUUUUUGGAGAUACCAGUGAACCACAUAUUAGUGGGCAGUAUUUUGAUGAUCCUUCACCUUAUCCAGAACCAGAAAGUAAUCCUCCAGGAUAUGGUGGGUUUGAAAAACAGGAAAAUAAUUUAUCAGACUUUAUGAUUCCACCAGCACCGCCUUUUAAUAAUUAUAAAUCGCCUUCUCAAAAGCCGCAUCAACACACUGUUUCUUCUCCUAAUAAUCGAGUUUACUCAAAAUUUCCUCGACCACAUGAUAAAAUAGAAAUACAUACAAACCGACCUGAAAAAAGACCAUCUGAUGUUCAUUUGAUUCAACGGCCUGAGUCUCAUGGUCAGUCUAACCAAGGCCAAGUUCACACAGAAAUUUUAGUGCACCAUUCACCUGAUACAUCAAAUUUUCACAGUAAUUUCAGACCUCAAUCAAAUCAACAUCAACAAGAAUUUUCGCCUCCACGAAGAGAUUACCAUGUACCGACUUUAAAUGAACUUCCACCACGAAGAACCACGGAUAUUUCUCCAUCUACUGAGAUGUCUCAUCAUCAUCAUCACCAUCAUAGAUAUGGAUACCACCAUGAAAAGCCAAAUGGAACAGCUACAAAUGAUAUUCUGAAACAAAAGUGGAAGAACGAUAGAACGAAACCAAGAAUUACAGUUGUUCGACCGAGACCUGGGGUGAAGCCACCAAGACCUACUUACUAUCCUAAUCCCGAUAGAACUUCAGGGUUUGGAACAAAGUUGAAAUAUCCUUAUCGACCUCCAUCUCAUACUGCUCAAGUUUCUCAUCUACCGCAAAUUCCAGUUAGUUGGCAAGACGAAACUAAAGCUGAGCAGUCUAAUACUAAUUAUCAACAACACAAAACUCAAGAACCCCAAGAAAAUCUUCCUAUCGGAGUAAUUGGAUACAGAAAUCCAUUGAUCGGAAAUGCCAAAAGACCUAUGCAGCAGCCUCCGCUUCAACCUACUAAUUAUCAACCAUCGCCUCCCCAACAUCACCAAGUUCACCAACUGCCUCCGGAUAUAAGCCCUCCUGUUAUUCAAAGCUUUGGUCAAAUUCUUCCUCAUCCAGAUGAACCUGAAAUUCCUUGGUCUGAUACACAAACUGAAGCUGAAAUAUCUGAUAAAAAUAAACAAAGAGAAAAACCUUCCAACAUCCUUGAAUCAUCAACAACAAAAGUUGAAACUAUUGAAGAGAAUGUUUUCUACCAAACUCAAACGGAAACUUCACCAGAAAAUCAAAACAACAAUAAUUACACCACUGUAAGUGUCUUAAAACCUUACGAGAUUUAUGAAGAUAACUCUGAAACAGACAAUCAAGAAAACAAAAAUAUCUCUGAUGAUACAUUAGACUAUGAUGUAAUUCAAGGUGUACCAUUUGGUGAUAGAGUAAUAUCAAAUUCAGAUGAAUUUGAACGUAACGAUACAAUUGAUUUAAAAACCCCGACUAUGAUCCCUCAUUUUAUUCCUGAGGAAUCGACGAAAUUAAAACCAUUCCAGUAUCAAAAAACUGUAACACCACGACCAAUUUUUGAACAAAAACGAAUUUCUGUAGUACAGGAUCCUAAACAUCCCAGUGGCCAUGCGCGACCUGCGAUAGACUGGGAAACUAUACAGAAAAUUAACAAUGAGAAUCACUAUUCCAACAGAAGAAACUUGACAUUUACGCGAACAAAUCAUUCUCACAGUUAUUCAGAUUUUAAAUACGUUAAUACCGAAAAGAUUCGUACUCCCGAGCUUACCUCACCAUCUACAGGUACUCGGGUUCACCCAGCGUACCCACAUAUUGUUACUAAACCAAGACCUGUACUACCAAUCCCAAUUACUAUUUCUUCUGACUCAUCGUCCAAACCAAAAACUUCUCAAAAAGAAAAGAAUAACAUUAAUAAUAACAACAAUGAAGAAAUAACAUUACAUUCCGAACGACCUAGCGUCCAUAUGCGUCCGAUUAUUAUUCACGCUAAAGACGGAAAUCGCGAAACUCUUGAAACUGCUUAUCAAACAAACUUUGCAGUACAUGAAGAUGAAAAGAAUAUGCCAAAUAAAAAAAGGCCUCAAUUGAAUAAUCGGAACAAAUAUUCAAAUGAAUUUAAAGUUUUGUCUCAAGAUAUGAUGCCUCCACCACCAACAAAACCAACAAUUAAAGAUAAUAUAAACAACGACAACGCUGAAGGUGAUCUUAAACCACCACCAAUUCUAGCAGAUGUUGUUGGAAUGUCACCGCCCCCAGUAGCAAUUACAACCACAACUGCAAGACCUACAUCUACAAUAAUCAAUGACUCUGGAUUGAGACCACCGCCGCACAAGUACAUUCCUUUAGAUUCUUCUAAAGUCGUCGGAGAAACUCCGCCACCGCCACCGCCACCGUCGCCACAAUCACCGCUAUCAGUACCCAGAGAUGUUAAUAUGGUACCACCGAUAAUUCCAAGACCAACAAAAUCUCGGCCAUUCUUAAUAGAAUUAUUAUCUCAAGAUAUGGUACCACCACGACCGCCUGUUAUUGAAAGUUCUAGGCCAAUCGAAAUUGCUACUGUUAGACCUGCGAUUGCCGUAUCCGGGUCUAUACAAAUUGCAACCGCAGUAGCUACAAGUCAUAUCCCAGUAAUGCAAGAUAUUGUUGAGUCUACUAUUCCAAUUAUUCACGGUACUGUUGAUCUGCCGGUUGUGAUGGACGUGUCAGAUAUUAUCAAGUCAGUAGAAACUAGAAAGCCCGAGCACGUUAGUGUUUACACCGUUCGGCCUUUUGAAACGAAACAAGCUUCAAGAGUAUCUGUUCAACCUACGGCUAUACUUUCAACGAAUUUAAUAAUGCCAACACGUCUGAGAUUACCACAAACAGAAUCUAGCUUAUCAACGAAGUCUCCAGUCCAAAUCACCAGACUUUCUUCUUACGAGACUUCAAGAAAACCAUCAGUUGUUCUUGAAGCAAGUCGUCAAAGUAUUUCAUCUAGUAAAGUUAACUCGACUCAGUCUUUGAAACAUCGACCUUACACUAUAAAGCAAAGUAUCAAUCCCAGUGAUGUGACCUUCACUUCAACGGUCAAGAGAAAGUACGGUAGCUCGUCAACUAAAUUCCGUAACAUGAUCACAAAAACGUUAAAAGAGUAUGCUGAUACUAGAGUAUACAAGAAUGCUAAAAAUGUAACAACCACGAUGGAGAUGAAACCGAAAUCUGUUACUCACUUCAAGACUUUAACAGUCACGAGAACAGAAACCUCAGUUGUAGGGUCACCGCCUACAACGCGAACACUUUUAUUGACGCAUACUAUGACGUCUACUAUCGUAGAAACUGUUACUGAAACUUUACUUCGACCUACCAAUGUAGUUAUUACGUCAGUUACGACUAUUCUUCAACCAGCAACUCGCUUACCAUCUUAUGAGACUUCUCCAGACAAUAUGGACUCGAUAUUUGUAGUAAUGAGCGAUCAGAAUCCUCCAGCAGCGGACGCUGAAGAAGUUGAAGCAGAAUAUGGAGGUGAAGAAGAAGUUUCUCGUGAUGAACAAGAUCCGGCUGGUAAUGAAAUCCAUCGUGUGUUAUCCGGUGGUAUUCUGGGAGCUCCUGUUGUUCCUCAUCGCCCGAGUACUAAUCAGUGCCAACCAGAAUGUCGAGCAGCAAAAUCUGAAAUGUGUGCUUUGGUAGCCGGUGAACCUAGAUGUAUAUGUCGUCCAGGAUUUUCACGUAUGUUCUUAGAUCGUCCCUGCAAGCCAACUUACACGUACACACUCCGCGUAGGACUUGAUCGUAUCGGCAGAGAAUCUGUAAAAUAUGAUCAUCCAAUUAAUGAUAGUUCCUCUGCGUCAUUCCGACGAUACGCUGGACCAACACGAGAAGCUCUCGAUAGAACUCUGAUGCAGAGUGACUUGAGGGAUAUUUACAGAGGCCUUGAUAUCGCUGGAUUCUACCCACAUCCACCUCGAGUAGAAUUCCAUCUUCAACUGAGCGAUAACACUAGUGAAACUCGGCUCAAAGAUGUAUUAAAGAAAUAUUUAAUAAGCAGUAAUUAUAGUCUGGGUGGAACUGAAGUAUUUGCAUUGAGAGAUUUUGAUUCUAUUGACGCAAAUGACUUUGAUGAAUGUUCAACUGAAGAGGGAGGACCUCAUCACGAUUGCUCACCUCAUGCUGCAUGCUUUAAUUUACGUGGAUCUUACCAGUGUUCGUGUAAAGAAGGUUGGGCUGAUUUGUCAGAAAAUUCUGCGUAUCCUGGAAGAAUAUGUUCUCAAGCACCGCUCGGUUGUGCUAGUUGUAACUACAAGGGCCACUGCGUUACUAAUUCUCAUGGUCAAGAAAUUUGCGAAUGUUUCCCAUGGCACAGUGGUCAGCGUUGUCAAGUUAAUUUGAAAGUUACGCUGAUAGUCGUGGUGACUAUUGGAGCUAUCUUACUCACUGCACUUGGACUCGUUUUAGCUUUAACAUGCUUGCGUAAUCCAAACAGAGCUAGAAAAUCAGGAGACAAAAGAGCUAUGAUAAGUACCGGAGCAGGUGGUGAUACAAGCAGUGAAGGAAGUGUAACGGAUCUUGCGAUUCCUCAUCACGUUCCUCACGUUCUCCCUCCGCCACCAAGAUCAAAUGCACCGAUUCCGCCAAGUGCUAAAAGACCUAGAAAAGUUACUAAACAAUAUCGAGCUCCAAAAAAACCAUCUUUUGCUGGCACACCUGUUCCAUUAAAUGAAACAGCCAACACCGAUCGUACAUUGAGUGUAAUGAUUCCUCGAGCUAAAUACCGAUCUGGGCCGCAAUCGCCUCAGAAUUAUUCAAAACCACCUAUGAGCACUUUUGCCGUGGAAGAGCAUAAAUUGAUAAAUUAUCUUGAAGGUGGUCCGCCAGGUGGUAAUCGUAAACCAAGUCUUGCUAGUACUGCUAAAGAAUACGUAAAAAGAGAAUACAUUGAAGAGACUGGAAUUAGAGUGGUAAAAAAUGCAACUGCUCCUAAUAAUGGCGCACUUGUUAGUGCUGGAUUUCAAGUGUCUGCAACGGUACUGAAAACUACUGGUGAUGGCGAAUCAACACUGGAUGACACUUUCGAACCGUCGACGUUAAAAACUCUAAGAAGUACGACGGAUUUUCAAGACGGAACGUCGACUCUCGGCGCAACUUCGAUUCAAACAACGACGAAGCUACUCCCUUUAGAUUUGGCUGAGGAAAAUUCAAGUGUUGGACGAUCAUGUUCUGGUGAUACAUCUAUCAAACAACCAUCACCGAGUCGAGGUUCUAAAGAUACUCAGGAUGCACGUGACAGUGCAAGUGAGGGUCCUAUCACUGCUGAAAGAGAUCUCGGUAGUACUCUGCGACUUCGACAUACUCCUCUGUAUAAUCCAGAUCGAGCAAUUAGUGAUCGUGAUUCCAACUUUGAUUCACUAUAG